GCCAGGAGCCUGUGGGAGGCUGAGCUGUGGGGUGCUGGGGGCUGAGGCUCAAGGGGGCAUAUGGAGGAUUCUGGAAGGUACUCAUGAAUAAAGGCCCCAGUGGGGGAGACCUUGCAUUGUGUGCAUGUGGUGCAGCGCCGGCGGGGGCCAGGAGGGGGAGCCGUGGAGCAGGCAGCCUGCCCGCAGUGAGGCCCCUGGAGCACAGGGUUUCUGCUCUGCGGCUAUGGAUGUGUUCCAGAAAGUAGAGAAGAUCGGAGAGGGCACCUAUGGGGUGGUGUAUAAGGCCAAGAAUAAGGAGACCGGGCAGCUUGUGGCCCUCAAGAAGAUCAGGCUGGAUCUGGAAACGGAGGGAGUCCCAAGCACGGCCAUCAGGGAGAUCUCCCUGCUCAAAGAGCUCAAGCACCCCAACAUCGUCAGGCUGCUGGACGUGGUGCACAGUGAGAAGAAGCUUUACCUGGUGUUUGAGUUCCUCAGCCAGGACCUGAAGAAGUACAUGGACUCCGCCCCAGCCUCCGAGCUGCCGCUGCGCUCGGUCAAGAGCUACCUCUUCCAGCUGCUGCAGGGCGUGAAUUUCUGCCACUCGCAUCGGGUCAUCCACCGAGACCUGAAGCCCCAGAAUCUGCUCAUCAAUGAGUUGGGUGCCAUCAAGCUGGCCGACUUCGGACUGGCUCGAGCCUUUGGGGUGCCCCUACGCACCUACACCCACGAGGUGGUGACCCUCUGGUAUCGUGCCCCCGAGAUCCUCUUGGGCAGCAAGUUCUACUCCACAGCCGUGGAUGUCUGGAGUAUCGGCUGCAUCUUUGCUGAGAUGGUGACCCGCAGAGCCCUGUUUCCUGGUGACUCUGAGAUUGACCAGCUCUUCCGAAUCUUUCGGACCCUGGGGACACCCAGUGAAGCCGUGUGGCCAGGGGUCACCCAGCUGCCCGACUAUAAGGGCAGCUUCCCCAAGUGGACCAGGAAGGGGCUGGAGGAGAUCGUGCCCAGUCUGGAACCAGAGGGCAAGGACCUGCUCAUGCAACUCUUGCAGUACGACCCCAGCCGGCGGAUCUCAGCCAAGGCCGCCCUUGUGCAUCCAUACUUCUCGUCCACGGGGACCCCCCCGGCACCCCACCAGUGCGUGCUGGAGCGGUUCUGCCGCUGAGAAGGCCCGAGCCUCCCAGCCUCUCUCCAGCCGCUGCCCCUGCUGCCUCCCCACCCACUGCCCCUGAAAGAGAACAGCAAAGCUCUGAGUUUGGCCUAGGCCGCCAGAGGGCUGAGUUUGAGUUAGUUCUGCCCACAGGUUAGCAAGUUCCCGUGUUGUUGGUUGGUUUGACGUUGCCGUUUCCAGAUGGGGGCACGGAAGCUCCGUGUACCGG